GCCACCAAAGUUCUUUGUUUAUUAAUGACAAUUAUGUUUUGGGUUCCUUAUUUGUUUGAUGAUGUAUUACCUCUAUCCGUUACUCGAAUGAUAAUCAUAGUGUUGUUGGAGGACAAUGCCAUUGAAGACGAU